AUGGCGAUGCUUUCUACAGCUUCCGUUCCGGAGACUGUCAUGACGAAGAAUUCAUCUGCUUCUGGAUUCGCUUCCCCGGAGGUCGUUUUCGAUCCCUCACCAUCGUCCCCCGACGGAUCACGCUCUAGCGGCUCACCUGAUCGCCAUGACCCUUCCACUUCUGCUCCAAGCCCUAGUCGUGGUGGUGAAAAUCAGGUCCUUGUUCAAGAUUUCAACUGUGCUUGUCAGGAGAGUAUUCUUCUGCAGGGUCAUAUGUACCUCUUCAUUCAUUAUAUCUGCUUUUACUCCAACAUCUUUGGCUAUGAGACCAAGAAAAUCAUUCCAUUUGCAGAAAUCUCUUGUGUUAAACGAGCAAAGACUGCUGGUAUUUUUCCCAAUGCCAUAGAGAUUUUAGCUGGAGGAAAGAAGUACUUUUUUGCAUCAUUUCUUUCCCGCGAUGAAGCUUUCAAGCUUAUCCAUGAUGGAUGGUUGGAAUAUGGUACUGCUGUCAAAGCAGAAGGCGAGAUUCAGGAUUCUUUAUCUGAGUCCAACAACCAGUUAAAUGAUGGAGCUGUUAAAAGGGCACUCACUACCAUGGAUUUGGCGAGUGAACUAGAUUCCCCAUCAAGGGAUGAAACUCCUCAUCUCUCAGGCAGUUGCAGUCUUCCUGUUACUACUCAAAAUGGCGUUUCACCUUCUUCUGUAAAUGCUCAACUGCACGCAGAAUCAGUUGUAGAUAUUGUGGCUUCUUCUUCAACCAAUACUUUGAACUUGAAGCCUGAAGACUUAAAUGCACCAAAAUUAUCAUCUGAUUUUACGAAGGUAGCAGAGGCAAAGUUCUCGAUUCCAGUAGAAGAGUUCUUUAGAUUGUUUUUCUCAGAUCGUGCUGUCAAUUUUGUUGAAUCUUUCCAUAAAAUUUGUGGAGAUAAAGAAGACAUCUUUGUAUACGCAGAGUUUAGGUGUACCUCUUGGCAACCUCAUGAAAAGCUUGGACACACUCGCAAUGUCUCAUUUCAGCAUCCGAUUAAAAUUUAUUUUGGUGCAAAGUUUGGUGGCUGCCAGGAGUCACAGAAAUUUCGAAUGUACAGAGAUAGCCAUCUGGUUAUUGAAACAUCACAAGAGAUCACCGAUGUGCCUUAUGCAGAUUACUUUACUGUAGAGGGGGUUUGGGAUGUGAAAAGAGAAUGCAGAGACUCUAUAGAAGGUUGUAUAUUGGAUGUCUAUAUCAAUGUGGCCUUCUCUAAAAGAACAGUGUGGAAAGGAAAAAUAGUGCAGUCUACUUUGGAAGAGAUUAGAGAAGCGUAUGCAACAUGGAUAAGAAUGGCACAUGAACUGUUGAAGCAGAAGAAGCUGGAGAACCAAGAAGGGAUCAAGUUGAGCGAGGAGGGUGCGGUGCUAUCAGCAACGGAAGAAAGAGUAUCUGAAAGGGAAGAGCAGAGGGAGGAGAUGGCGGGAGGAGGAGGAGGAGGGGUAGUGAAUAUCCUAAGGGAAGCAUUGGCGAAUGUGACAUCAUUUGUGAAGCGGCAAAGCGGGACAAGGCAGGCAUUAGUAAUAGCGUUUGCAGUGAUCCUACUGAUGCAGGUGACGAUAGUGGUGCUGUUGAAGAGAGGACCUGAGCAAGUGCAGGUGGGGAGGGAAUAUUACAGCUACGACAAGGAUGGAAUCGGGGAGAGUGUGGGAUGGCUGGAGAAGAGAAUGCAUUUCCUGAGGGAGGAGAUGAUUAUGGUUGAGGAUCGGUUGCAGAGGAUGCGACAAGACCACGCUGCCUUGAAGGCUCUGCUCCACCAACUGGAACGCCUCCUCCUCCGCCACCAACACUAG